ACUACCGAUGUGGAGAGUUUGUUUACGGUUUUUUAAUCAAAAUUUCUUGAUAUAACACCAACAAUAUUUCAGUCGGUUAAAUUAACUAAAUUAAAGACAAUCUCAAUGAUGAACGCUUAAUAUUACAGAAACUAACUGACAAAUUAGAAGAAAAAUAAAAAAACGGCAACUACGAAGCAGUUAUAAAUCUGGAAAGAAUCUUACAAAACUAUAUUAUCUAGAAGUUGAUUUAUAGAUAUUAUAUGACAUAUUAAUUCGUUUGCCUCAUUGUUUCAUCAAUAUAUAUAUAUAUAAUCUGCACAUUUUUUUUCAACUGUUGCAAUCUGUAUAAAAUUGACAAAAAGAAAAAAGAAAUCUGUUUUGUGUUAUUUAAUUUUACUUGGUAAAGGUUUAUCUGUCCUUUUCAAUACAGGAUGUAGAAUUGGUAGUAUUAAAAAAAAAAAAAAAUGAGUAAAACUUCUCUUUGAAAUUCAAACUGGGAAAAUCAGUUAUGAAGCAACUGUAUGUUCGUAAGAUUUUUGUACGCAAGAGAAUUGUACUAUGCUAUAUGGAUUGAUCGAAAUUAGUGCCCAUGACUAAUUUUGCAAAGCUUAAACUCAGUGAUUUGGUCUUUUAAAAAUCUGUAUGCGAUAUUUGUAUUAAGCUGUAUGGAUGUGAUCGCGUCCAAUGACUAAUUUUGGCAAAAUUAAACUGAGUGAUCUGGCGUUUAAAAAGAAUCAUUACAAUUAGUAGUAUUGGUUAUAAAAUGAGCAUUCAUAAUCCUCGUGAUACGAGUGAAAAUUCCUUUGUUUGUGAACUCUGUGGUAGAUCAUUUACCCAUGAAGAUAGAUUGACCAGACAUCAGCGUAAUCACGUGCAAGAGAAUGACUUCUCGUGUGAUGUGUGCAAGAAAACAUUUCCUCAUAUGUGGAAGCUCAAGAGGCAUUAUCUUGCGCAUACAAAUAAGUCACAAUUCACAUGUAAUGUGUGCAGCAAAGCUUUCUUCUGUGGAUCCCUAUUAGCUAGGCAUUAUCUUUCUCAUACAGGUGAAAGACCUUUCGCAUGCGACUUAUGCGGAAAGUGCUUUUAUGAUCAACAUCUUCUACGCAAACAUAAAUUAUCGCACAUGCCUGAAAAACCAUACAAGUGUCACUUAUGUGAAAGGUCAUUUCGCGAUAAAUUUUAUUUAGAUUCACAUGUUCGAACGCAUACAUUUGGGAAAAGUUUUGUAUGUCAGGAGUGUGGAAAGGCCUUUUAUGAAAAUAGGACCUUGAAAAGACAUCAGCAAUCACACACAGGCCGUAAAACUUUUAAAUGCGAUGCUUGCGGAAAGUUUUUUACUUUGAAAAGUAAUUUGCAAAGGCAUUACAAUACCCACACAAACACAAAACCUUUCAUAUGCGAUGUGUGUGAUAAGUCAUUCCUUGUUGCGAGCAAUUUACAUAGACAUUAUAGGAUUCACACUAAGGAAGAACCAUUCGUGUGUGAUGUGUGCGGGAAGACAUUUGUUGAUUCGAGUAAUUUACGGUGCCAUUAUCGUACACAUACAAAUGAAAAACCGUACGAGUGUGAUGUAUGCAGAAAAACAUUUUCUCGUAAAAGCAAUUUAAAUAGACAUCGCCUUACUCACGACAACAUUAAACCUUACAAAUGCGAUAUGUGUGAUAAGGCAUAUUCUGCAAAUGCUGAUUUGAAAAAACAUAAAAUUCUGCAUAGAGAUGAGAAGCUUGUUAAAUGUGAUGCUGUGUCCUGAUCACCAAGAUUUGAAAUAGACAUUGUUUCAUUUAUUUCAAAGAAAUUUCCGUG